AUGAAGGAAUACAAUAUCUCGUUCGAUUUCUAUUGGGCUCCAUAUCUGGUGGAAUCUAAUCGUGAUGAUACGCGGUUCCCUUUUGUACGAGACCAUAUUGUCAGAAUCAAGGCCAUUGAAAAGCACGCAAGGCAAUGGAUUAAUGCAGAUAUACUCAUCUUUGAUUCCUUUGCUUGGUGGCUAGAAAACACGACACUUUUGUGGGGAUCAUUUAAUAGCUCAGAUGCAAUCUACAAAGAGGUAGGGAGGCUGCGCAGCUAUGAGAUGGCUCUAAAGACGUGGUCGGAUUGGUUGGAUAUCCAUGUCAACCGUACAAGGACACAAUUGUUCUUCAUGAGCCUCUCACCUUUCCACAAACUGGGUGAAGAUUGGGGAAUGGCAAGUGAUGAAAAUUGCUACAGUGAAACAGAGCCAAUUACAACGGAUGGGUAUUGGGGAAGUAUGUCAGAUCGCAGAAUGAUGCAAAUAGCAGAAGCAGCAGUACACGAACUAAGAACGAGAGGUUUAACUGUACAAAUCCUAAAUAUUACACAACUGACAGAAUACCGAAAAGAAGCUCAUCCAUCUAUUUAUAGGAAACCGUGGGUGCCACCAACAGCAGAGGAGUUAUCAAAGCCUCAGAAACAUUCAGAUUGUGAGCAUUGGUGCCUUCCAGGAGUACCUGAUGUUUGGAAUGAGCUCCUUUAUGCCUACUUGUUAAAUUAUUCAUGA